UAUGUACUAAUACGUACAUAUUGAUAACUAUCUAUUUAUUGAAUUUGUAAUUGUUUACCUUCAGUAUUUAACAAGAAAAUUAAUUCUUAAAUUUGAACAAACAACAUGCAUAAUUCUUAUAAGAUUGUAGAAAGAAUAGUUAAAAUUAUUUAUAAAUUAUGCAAACUGCAAUAAAUGUUCUGUGAAAAUGCAUUACGUGAACAAUCCAUAUUAAAAUAUUUAUGAAUGAUACUAACAAUUAAGAACAAGUCAUUUAGGAAUAUAAAUGAGUAGUGUGAGGAAAACGAAAGCAAAAUUUGCAGACUGUUGUUUAAUAUAUUGCCAACAGUGAAUAGAAUAUGUGGAUAUUUGAUAAAGAAGUAUCAGAUUUUUUAUAAUUAUAGAUUUACUAUUGUUUUUGUUUUUCCCGUAAUCUAAACAUGUUUUCCGUAAUAUUUAACCUACAGAAAAUUUUAGAAGAUACUAUAGGUAAAAGUUUGAAUAUAUCGACGUGGACUUUACAUUAUGGUUGUGGCUUUUGAUGCCACUUUUGUUAACAUUUUUACUUCCACUUCUGAUUGGGAUAUUAUUAUAUUUAACUGCAUUAAUAUUGUAUAUAUAUAAGUUACACAGAGUUAGAUUAAGAAAUGCAUAUGAAACAGACUGGAGAAAUGCUGCACGCAAUGUAGUAGCUGCAGUUUGGGAUGCCCAUGGCUGGAUUUGGUAUGGAUAUGAAGUAGUUGGACUUCAAAAUAUACCACAAAAUGAACCAGUACUUUUUGUAUACUAUCAUGGAGCUAUACCUGUAGACCUUUAUUACUUUAUAUCUAAAAUAUUACUUUUAAAUUCGAAGCUAAUUCAUACAGUAGCAGAUAGAUUUCUUUUCAAAUGCCCCGGGUGGUCUAUAAUUUCUGAUGUAUUAAAAGUAAUACCUGGUACAAUCCAAACAUGUUCUACUAUUUUGAAAGAAGGUAAUAUGCUUGCAAUCUCACCUGGUGGCGUAUAUGAAGCUCAGUUUGGAGAUUCUUAUUAUCAAUUAAUGUGGAAAAAGCGAGUGGGUUUUGCAAAGGUUGCAUUGGAUGCUAAAGUGUGUAUAAUACCUUUAUUUACGAAGAAUAUUAGAGAAGCAUUUAGAACGAUAAGUUGGGGUAGGAGAAUGUGGUUGAGAAUAUAUGCUGCCACCAGAUUUCCUUUUGUACCUAUCUAUGGUGGUUUUCCUGUAAAGUUGACAACAUAUGUUGGUAAACCAAUUCUGUAUGAUGGGAAUCUAACACCAGAAGAAUUACAAAUGAAGGUUGCUGAUGCACUCAACAAUUUAAUAAAUCAACAUCAAAGAAUACCAGGAAGUAUAUCAUUAGCUUUGUUAGAAAGAAUAUAUGUUGCAGAGAAAGAAGAAUCAUAAGUUUUAGCAUUUACUCAAGUAUUAUAAUAUUGCAUCUUACAUAUGCGAUAGAAGAAAUGUUUGAAGAUGUUAUACUAUUUUGGACUAUUUAUACUUAUAAUUUAUGGUGCUGAUUAUUUAAUAAUUCUUAGUAAUGAUAAAUUCCAUUAAAUUUAAGGUUAAUUUUGCCACUA